AUGGCGCUGGAAUCAGCAAAAGCAAUUUGGGAUUUUCUUAAAGAAGAAUACCAAGGAGAUGAGAGAAUCAAAGGCAUGAAAGUGAUGAAUCUCAUCAGAGAAUUUGAGAUGCAAAGAAUGAAGGAAUCCGAAACUGUCAAAGAAUACUUGGACAGACUUCUUAGCAUUGUGAAUAAGGUAAGAAUGUUGGGUAAGAAUCUUCCUGAUAGCAGAGUUGUUGAAAAGAUUCUUGUAACAUUGACUGAGAAGUUUGAACCCACUAUUGCUUCCUUAGAAAAUACUAAGGAUCUGUCACAGAUAACCUUGGCAGAAGUACUAAAUGCAUUGCAGGCACAAGAGCAGAGAAGGUUAAUGAGAGAAGAAGGGACAGUAGAAGGUGCAUUACAGGCGAAGUUGCAAAGUAAUGCCGGAAGCAGAUACAAGAAAGGAAAAGGAAAGAAGAACCAUGCUGGAAACAAUCAAGUUGCUGCUAAUAAUGGUGGAGGCAACAACAACUCUAGCAGCAACAAAGGAGAUAAGUUCCCUUCAUGUCAGCAUUGUGUAAGGAAGAAUCACCCUCACUUCUAA